GUAGCUAGAUAGAUCAACAAUAUAUAAAUAUCGAGAAAAUAGAUACACCUGCUAUCAGUUGAACAAAGAUGGCUUUGUCGGUGACAAGAACAAGGCAAAGCCUAGUUAGGCCGUGGGAGAAGACACCAUUGACAAGGCUAGAUCUGUCAGUAAUGGAUAAAAUACCGGUGCUCCGAUGCAUGGCUCGAACGGUGCAUGUGUACAGAUAUGGGAAUGAUGAGGGUGCAGGGUGCAGGGUGAUAAGAGAAGCCUUGUCAAGGGCAUUGGUUCCCUACUACCCUCUUGGCGGCCGGCUUAUACAGUCUGCUGCCGAGCUGCAGGUUGAAUGUUGCGGCCAGGGUGUGUGGCUUGUGGAGGCGUAUACUAGCGCUACCCUUCAUUCUCUCAAUUACUUAGAACAUGCUUCUUCUUCUUCUUCUUCUUCUUCUUCUAUCCCUUAUGAUUAUGAUGACCUUCUUCCUCCUGAUCAUCAUCAUCAUUUUUCUGAAUCCCAAUCCCAAUUAGGCAACGAUGAACCCCUUGUGCAAAUGCAGGUGACUGGAUUUGCAUGUGGUGGAUUGGUUAUGGGUCUGAAAUUCUCUCACACCAUAUGUGAUGGCCUGGGAGCUGCACAAUUCCUAAAAGCUGUUGGGGAGUUGGCCAGAGGGCUCGAGCAGCCCAGCAUAGCACCGGUCUGGCAUCGACACUUCAUUGCGUCUUCAACUAAUUCAACCGGCCACUGCCAGAAUAUUGAUGUUGUGCCAAAUUACUCCAUGAUCGACCACCGGCUAGAGCAAACAAACAUAGACAUUUCCAUUGACAACAUCAAUAAGCUGAAGCAGGAGUUUGAAGAAUCAACAGGAGGACAUAGACGACGUUGCUCUGUGUUUGAGAUUGUUGCAGCCAGUUUUUGGAGGUGCAGGACCCAAGCAAUACUAAACCAAACUAAUAAUAACAAGCAAGCUCAAGUCAUGAUGAUGACGUUGGUUUUCUUUGCAAAUUGCCGGCACCUGAUGGAGCCUCCGUUGCCGGAAGGUUUCUACGGCAACUGUUUCUUUCCGGUGGUAGUAAAAGCGCCAAGCGAAUGGCUUGCUGGGCCAUCCACAUCCGUCGUGGACGUGGUGAAACUGGUCCAAGAAGCCAAGGCUAAGCUUCCAAAUCAAGUGGCCAAGUAUUUGAACAAAAGGAAGCAGAAUAAUACUACUAGUACUUGUACUAGCAUUACUUUUAAUAGUCAUAGUGAUGAAUCUGAUGAUCAUCAGGGGGAUAUCGACGAUCCCUUUGCGCCUCCCCUGGGUUACACCACGUUGUUUUUGUCGGAGUGGGGCCGGCUGGGAUUCAACCAGGUUGACUUCGGGUGGGGCUCGCCACUGCACAUCGUGCCAAUCCAAGGGUCCAGCUUCAUCCCCGCUGGCAUCAUGGGUUGCCUCCCUUUCCCAAACAAAGGUGUCCGUUUGAUGACUUGGUGUGUGGACGAGGCUCAUCGCCAACCCUUCAUUCAUCACAUGAUCAAACUAUUUCCUUGAUUAAUUCUUAUAUAUAUAUAUAUAUAUAUAUAUAUCCUUAUUUCCUACCUUCCAAUAUUUACAUGAACCUUUUCCAACCUAGACCGAUUAGUUCCUUCUGCUUUUCCCUCUAUCAAUCUGCCAUACAUAUGUGCACCUAAUUGAUUAAUAUAUGCUGAACUUGGCACUGCUUAAUUUUCUAUUCUGUAAUAAGGACAAUGCGUUUAUAUUGACACAUUUUAAUCUCUUUUAUCGUUC